UGGGAUUGCCUCUGGUUGGUUAGCUUACAAUCGCGAAUGGAAACAUAUUGUGUGGAAAUAGGUUUGCUAGAUUGUCAAAAAUCUGUAAAGUGCGAUGAGCGUGGCAGGUGCAAUCAAUAACAAUGCACUCCCACGCAAAUGAAGGUGUUAGCCCCGGCAGCACCGAAGGCAAAAUACGCUGUAUUUUCUUAAGCGAAUUCCAUGCAACGGCUGGCUGCAAAAUCAGCUGUCAGGUGCCAGAGAAUUACAUUUCCAAAGAGGUAUUCGAUGCCAUCAACGUUUACAUUAUACCCAAACAGCAUCUGCAGCGCUGCAUCCUGACAGUGAAUGCGAUGGAGGUGAAAAUCGUUGGCUACCCAGUCGGCAUACAGGACCAGCAGAAAUAUGCACGUAAUGCAUUCCUCUUUAAUCUAUGCUUCGUUUGCGAUUCGCGUGCUCGGUCCGUGCAAUAUGAGCCCGUUGUUAAGAAACUAUCUGAGUACUUGAUUAUGAUGGAGGAGGAAUCGUGCUUUUUAUCACGCGAAGACGACAAACUGCGCCUGCAAAAAAUCUUUGAGACUGUCCUCCGGGAUCUGAAUGAGCGCAAAGUGGCGACCAUCGUUGAGGGAGAUAAUACAAUAUAUUUAAAGAUUGUGAUGCAUAAGCCAGAUCCGCCGCCAGUCAAGGAUCACAUGGUGCCCCUACUGCUAGCCAAUCUCCGAGAUACUCCACUCGAAAACUGGGACCUAACCACACAGCAGAUAUUGCCGUAUAUCAAUGGCAUUAAUCACGUGGCUCGCAUAGCUGCUGAGGCGGAUGUGGAAACGGAUUUGGUCAAAUCGUGCAUACAGAAUUUGGUCUAUUACGGAGUCGUGCAAUUGUUGCCCAUAUUGAAGUAUAGCAAUGUCUAUAUGACGCAAAAUCUGAAGAAACUCAUACAGAGCACAGCAUUGAGUAAUGCCUGUCGAAAAUACGUGGCACUCCAACCCGAUAAACUUCUGCCCAGCGUUCAGAGAAUCUUCCAGUUCUAUGCGUCCAUGACACACGGCGUUACGCUUCGUGCCAUUUGCCAGCGUCUCUGUCCGCAGGACAACAAUAUUGAUGAACGCAAGAUGGUUAUCUUUGGAUUGCAGCAUAAGUUUAUACGCUGCAUACAGAAGUAUCCGGUUUUUACCGGAUCGGUGCCAUCGGGCCGCCAAAAGAUGUACACGGGUCUGAUUAGUUUCGAUGAGAUUUGCUGCAAGACUGGCCUCUCGCCGUUCACCAUCGAGAAGGAUAUUGAAAAGGAUACGAAUGUGACUGUGAUUUGGAAGUAGUUCAAUGCCUCUCGUCUUUACAUAUAUGUAUGUUUCAAUUGUAAAUUGUCUGAACCGUUUUUAUGUGUAGUUUAUAUUAUGAUAAUUAUGUUUCCAUUCUAUACACAAUGUUUGUUAAAUCUUGAGGAGAAACAGAAUCAGAGCUACAGCUAGCUGCAUAGUGGUGAAUAUUAAAUAAAUAAGCCGAAUUGUUAAUAAUAUUAAUUAUUAGGGAUACUAUUUGUACAAAACUAAAACAAAAUUGCAUAGAUCACGCACAAAGGCAUAUCCCUUCUCUUUCACACCCCGAAAAUGUUAUCUAGAAUUACUAAUUUUUAAAAAUCUAUUAUACAUGUACAAUUACAAAUUAUUAAACAUUCAUACAAAUAA